AUGGCCACAACCCUCGAAAUCCUCUACGGCUCCCUCAUCACAAUCACAGGCCCCCGAAACGAACCAGACAUCAUACAUGCCAGAAUCAACUGCAGCGUCGGCGGCGAAAACUACGCCAUCCACCCCGAACUCUUCUCCUCGGACCCAGUCAGCAUCCAGGCCUACUUCCCUAACACCCUGAAAUUACAACUCGAGUUCUAUUUCGCAGGCAACGACACAAGUGCAGAAGACGGCAUCAAAUUUGGUCUUUGGCUUGGAGAAAUGGCAAAAAUGGCCAAGGCGAUGAAGUUCUCCCGUCCUUGCCAAAUCUACAUGGCUGUUACGGAUAAGAACUACCCAUAUUGUAGCCGUACUGCUUACUACGUUGCCUUGGGGAAGAAAGCGGAUCUGAGUGAUGAUCCUGCUACUACGAUUAUUUGUCACAAGGGGAGUUUGGUGAUGGUGGGACAGACCAAUGUUGCAUGA